CCGGUCGCGGGCAUAACACGUUUUAUUCGCGCUAGAAGUGUUAUCCAUCAUUUAUAAUAUGGAGCAAGGGACUAGGCAAGCUGACCCUAACCAAGGAUACAAUGUAUGCAGGCCUGUGCCCCGGGGCAUGCUUCGUGAAGUGCUGAUGGAGUUCACAAGCACGUCCACCCUGCACGGCAUGCACUACCUCACUGAGCGAGGACUUACCAGACUUGAGAAGAUAUUCUGGGCCAUCUUAACGGUGACCAGCAUUUUUCUUUGCGUCUGGGCCUGCAGCAAGGCGUGGUACAAGUGGCAGUAUAACUCCACGAUCAUCACCGUCAACGAACAACUUAUGUUCGCCACAGAGGUCCCAUUCCCGGCAGUAACCGUGUGCCCCCAGACGAAAGUGAACCAAGACCGAUACAACUACACCAAGCUCAUGUUGGCAAUCACAAAGUUUACCAAGGACUCGAAUUUACAUCGCGCUACGAAAGACGAAAUAACACAACACAUGAAAAAUUUUACUGGACAAACUCCUUUUAUGAGACAGCUAGGCAACAUCGAUCUGAUUUGCAAAUCACUGCUAAAUACAAUGGUUCCUGAUGUUGACGAGAAUUUCAUUGAUGAUAUUUUGCAGGCAGCACCUACAUUAAAAGAUAUUUUUAUAAAUCUGAAAUGGCGGGGGAAGAUAAUAACACCAAACCACAACGUCCAGAGUUACCUCUCCCCAGUGAUGACUGCAGAAGGGCUGUGUUUCACCUUCAACGGGCUUGCGGCUGACGAAAUAUUCAACAUUGAGAAGUAAGUUUACUGAAAUAUCACUGUCC